AUGGAGCAGAGACACAAAGUCUCUAUGCCGGAGUCGAAGGGAGAAGGAGCCAGGGGGUGUUGGAGGGUGGGUAGGUUGUGGGACGAUUGGGCUUUACCGGUGAAUACACAACCGGCAAGAGCCGAUCUCCUCGGUGGAGAACCGAGAGCCAAUACUGGAGUAGCAUAUGAGAAACUCCGUGAACCUGGAGUGGAGAGCGAUGGUAGAGGUGGGAGGAGUAUAUCCGGCGGGUCAGGCGGCUCAGGGGGCUCCGGUGGGCGGAGGGAGUUCACGAGCAUCGCCCUGUCCCUCGCGCUGACAUCGGAAGGGAGGAAAUCGUCACCAUCUCUCUAUCUCUACGAGCCAUGGGCCAGCUCGCGACGGCCGAGAGACGAGUCCCGUCAACAACAACAAUUCCGACAGAGGGAGGCGAGUGAGGUCCAAUCUUCCCGAGCACUUCGAAUAUUCCAAGAGAAGGCGGAGCGGUGCUAG